GAGGCGGGAAACAUAAACAGUCAACAUAAAGUUUUAAUGUCAAACUUAACUUAAAACAAACAUAAACAAUCACAGACACAUGCACAUGCAUCUAGAACUGGCACCUCUGGCUCAUCUUUAUCCCUCUCUCGGCUGAUUAGCCCGAUUCAGGGCCGGUGUUGUGUUGAAUUGUGUUCCCCGUUGGAAUCUGUUUCCCCAAAGCCCCGAUGGGGUUAGGGUAGGUAGGGAAGGGUUAUGCUUAGGUUUGUGCAUGGGGGAACGCAUUCUGACAGCAGAGAAUGUAACCGUCAGAGUUCGACUCAACACCGGCCGUGUGUACUCACAGCCCGGCCCCACCCUCCUUGUCACAGUCAUCACUAACCAAAUGUUCUAACAAAUGCUGGCACUACAAUUUGAUUAGGAAAUAAGAUUGCCUUCAUAUUUAAAUGUGCUCCUUUGUGCACCUGAACUCUUGCGUAGGUAAAUGAUACAAAUACAAACAGCACUUAUGUUGUGAGGUUUGUGUGUGUGUUGAUGCCUUUCAGUGUUUUUUUUAACCCCUAUGCUCUCGGGUUACCUGCAUGUACCAAGUUGUCUGGGCGGGUCUUUGUGGCUAGAGAAGGCAAAACCUGUUAAAACAAAAAAACGAUACACUCAUCUGUUGCCCUUAUUGGCUAACACACCACUGGAGAACAAAAAGGACCAUUGAGAGAUCGCCACUUACUUCUUUCUACAUUGCACUCACAUCCUAACAGUAGGAACUUUGGUUGUGAAUAGUCUUUGAAGCGUCCUGAGAGCGUAAAAUUAACUGCACAUUUCAUCUAAUAUUGAGGGCAGAGGAGAACUUUCAACUGGCUGUUUUGUGGAGUUUAUAAUUAUUGUCUUUGCCUUGAAACUGUGCCCAGUUAUUCCCUGGAUCCCUUCGAUGGACUCUGGUAACCAAUUCUUCAACAUCCCUUUUUAGAAAUUCCACCAUUCUCAUUCUGAUCAUGGCGAUGGGCUUCUCCCCUGACCAGGUGGCGUGUGUUUGUGAAGUUCUGCUCCAGAGUGGAAGCAUGGAUCGCUUGUCUUCAUUCUUAUGCUCUUUGCCUCCCAUUUCCUCUUCUUCUACCUUGUACUUGGGGAUACCACAGAAUCAGGAGAGUGUGUUGAAGGCACGGGCUGCAGUCGCCUUCCAUCACUGCCGUUUUGCAGAGCUGUAUGCCUUGUUAGAGGGAAAUGUUUUCUCUCCCCGCAGUCACCCUCUCCUCCAGCAGCUCUGGCUCCGGGCUCACUACAUGGAGGCUGAACUGCAGCGGGGCCGCCCUCUUGGGGCUGUGGGGAAGUACCGUAUCCGUCGUAAAUUCCCUCUCCCUCGUACAAUCUGGGAUGGAGAGGAGACCAGCUACUGUUUCAAGGAAAAGUCUCGCAGUGUGUUGAGAGAGUGGUAUUGCAGAAAGCCAUACCCUUCACCGCGGGAAAAACGAGAUUUAGCUGCAGCUACUGGUCUCACUCCGACACAAGUCAGCAACUGGUUCAAGAACCGCCGUCAGCGUGACAGAGCUGCGACCAGCCGCCAAGGAACAUCAACAGGAGCGUUUCUGAGCUCUGAUGAUGAACUUUCUCCACCAGGAAGCCCCAGCACUCUCUUUUCCUGCUCCCAGCAACUCUCUGCCCACCCGCCUCCCCUCCGCCACCUGGGACCAGCACAUUACUAGAAUUAAUUAAACGGACUGCAGGUCAAAGGAGACUUUUGCAAUUUGAAGGUGCUGUAAGCAGUUUGUUUUUGAUAACCAUAGAUAAAUUGCCCAUGCUAUCUGACAACUAUCAUUGAAAUGGGUGUCUUGAGAAAUCACACCUGUCUCUGUGACAGCCUUAGACUCUGUGACAGCAAAAAUCAAACAAAGUCAAUCAAAUAAUACUCUCAGUAUCUCAUGCAUUUUAGGUUUGCUGACUUGGAGGUCGUGUGGGUGAAGGGAAGAAGCAGCUGACAUUGCUUACAGCACCUUUAAAUCAAUCUACAGUUCUGUUAAAGGCUAAACAGCAUCAGUCCAAAUUGUCAGCAAAUGCCAUCAAUAAGAAUAUUUUGAAAAAAAUAGUUUAGUUAACUACUCCAGUACCGCUGAUGGUACACUGAGAAUAAAAAAAAAGCUACUUUUCCAAGACGUACUGUUUAUACAUAACAAAUAUAACAAAUAGCAGGCCUUUUCAACUGGCAGCCCGUGAGCCAAAACCUGCCUGUUUUUAGUUUUCAAUGGCCCGCAUGAAAGUUGUCAGCUGUCUUCACACCGAAUGCGUUUUGUGUCUGAUUGCACUGUUUUUCAGUUGUUUCCCUAUGUGAACUUGCGCUAGACAGAAUUUGUGUGGAAGUAAUAAUCAUUAUCCAUAAUUUUGACAAAAGGGAAAGAUUAAAGGUGCUUUAAGCAUUUUUUAAUGGAAAGGUAUGCAAAAAAACAGACAAAUUCCUAGUCCCUGAAAAACAUUAAUAACAUACAUUUUGUGAGGUAUCUCACCAGCAUCUGUGACCGCACUACUCUGUAAACAACAAACAAAAAAUGUGGCCAGGCCUUUCUGCCUGUCAACAAUUUCGUGAAUUCUCAUAGCAUGUAGUUGCAGCUAAUUAUUGAGGCUUCAUGCCAUUUUUAUGCCAUGUUGUUCAUAACAGUUGUCAGUUGAGUGCGCUAUUUUUCUACUGCUGUUUUUGAAAACCACUUUUGCU